GACUGUGCCAAUACUGGUGGGAGUUGGUGUAGUUGCUGUGACAGCAAUACUGGCCAAAAUUUUCCUUCCUGGUUUAUUUGGCUCUAAGAAGAAAAGUGUGCUUAUUACAUUGAAGGACGCAACAGUAAAAUACCCACUGAAACUGAUUGAUAAAGAGGUAAUUUUUGUUUUAAAGUUAAGUUACAACUUGACAUAUAUAUUUUCUUACUAAGUACCAUCAGGGCUUUUUUUUGCCGUAGAACUCGCCAGGACAGCAAAAAAAACAGUCAUACAGGCCCCAGAUUUUCCAAGUAACUUUUGACAAUUUUAUGUUUGGUUCUCAUGCACUUGAAUCCUUACCCUAGUUACACCACUAACCCUAGCUAUGCCACUGCAUGUGAACGGUAAAUACUUUCUGUAAAAUACUUCGGUAAAAUUGAAAAAAAUUAAUAACUAAAUCUGCUAACAAAAAGGCCAGAAUAUUAUCAGACACAAGGACAGAACACUCAAAAACAAAACAAUAAUUAUUUUUUUUAAAUUUAAAGGGCCAUCCACAAAUGACAACCUGCUAUUUUAGAAGGGGGGGGGGGGGGGGGGGGGGUUCCCCCCAACAUCACAACUUUGUCCAAUAAUUUAGACCCCAUCAUAAUAGUUCAAAAAAUCUUAACACCGUCCCCCCCACCACCACACACACACACCCCUGAUUGACAUUAUGGAUGACCCCAAUAUGAGUACCCGGCAACUUUUUUGUUAUGCAAAAAAGUACUGACUACCAGUAAUUUAAUAUUUAAUGGACUCAGGAAAUAAAAUGAGAAAUAUACAAUUUUGUGUUAAUAGUGUAAUACCUUUCAAAUUUGUUUUCUAUUUAAAGUGUCUAUAGCAAAGAGGAGCUAAUAUUUUUAAAAUGUACCAUAUGUUACAACCAGAGACUUGCAAUGCAUGUGGGGAUAAUGAAAAUUGGAAAGCAUGAUAUUGUUUUUCUUGUGAAUUUUAUAAACCCUUUUGUAACUGGACAUAUUUUUUGGGGACAAAAUAAUGACAAGGACAAUUUAUCACAGAUUAAGGAUUUAUACAUAUUGAUUUUAUUUAAGCAUAAACUGCUGUUACCACCAGUUAAAACCCUCAUUGCCAGUUUUGUAAUUUCUUUAUCUCAGCUGAGUUUUUAGUGUGUAAAAAAAUAAAAUUACCUUUUUUUUUCUCAAUCCCAUCUUGUUGUAAAAAGAAUAUCAGCCAUGACACAAGAAAGUUUAGAUUUGCACUUCCCACACCAGAUCAUAUCCUUGGACUGCCCAUCGGUAGGACUAAAUUUUGUUCAAAGUAUUUAUUAUUUUAAAAAUUUUGUAUUGUUCAAAAAUGAGUGAAAGUUUUUGUUUACUGAAACUAUUUUAAUAUCUUUAAGAUCAGUUUCCUUCGAAGCAAAAGAUUUUUCAUAAGAAAUAAAUAAAAUUUGGAUAAUAUUUUUUCAGGCCAGCAUAUAUACUUGACUGCACGCAUUGAUGGUCAGUUAGUAAUUCGACCAUACACGCCAGUCUCUAGUGAUGAUGAUAAAGGUUUUAUGGACCUUGUGGUUAAGGUAUUGUAAUGUAAAAUGUAAUUCCUGUAAUAGCUCUUCUUUUAUGGAUUUUAUUUCAACUAUAAAAAUAUCAUUGCAGCCAAAUCUGCACUUUUAAGCAUUAUUAGUCACCAAUAUUACAAAACAUAAUGUAUCCCCAAACAUAAUGUGUGGGGACACCAUUUUGAGAUUGUCCAAUUAUUAAUGACUGUGAAUUUUCUUCGAACACAAAAAGGAAUUUAUGGAGGCCUUGUUAGCUUAAUUCUCUGGGAGUUAUUUUGGUGCUCUGUUGGUUACUUUCUUAGUGUAUCAACUAAGUUUAACAGGAUUCUAUUCACAGGUUUACUUCAAGAAUGUUCAUCCAAAGUUUCCGGAAGGGGGUAAAAUGUCCCAGUACCUAGAGAACAUGGCCGUAGGUGACUAUAUUGAUGUGAAGGGACCAAAUGGCUUGCUACAGUAUGUGGGCAAAGGUGUGUGCUUACCCACUUUGAAAAAAAAAAUCCAUCCUCAUAUCAUGCCUCAUACUUAUUUAUAAAUUACUAAUCGAUAUAAUUUAUAUUAAACUAUCAAGUUGUACUUUAUUUGAAAUUUGAAUUAAAUAUAACAUGCUGUUUGUGCUUUUAAAAAAUAAUUGCAGGUACUAGCAAAGGGGAUAUUUAUGGGGGGAGACAAAAUUAACUAUUGUUUUGCGCAUAUCCUAAUGGCAGUUUUUUUGCGCUUUAAAAAUCUCUUAGGCGAUUUCAAGAUAAGAGCUGACAAGAAAUCAGAUCCUGUUUCUAAGUCAGCCAAGAAAGUUGGAAUGAUUGCUGGUGGCACAGGUAACAUUGGUGUAACUUUAAUUCUUGUCGUCCUCUAUAAAAAUAUUUUCCUAUUGUAUGUUUCGAUUUAACGUACAGUUUUUUUUUAAAAAUAUUUCGCGUUAAAGAUAAACUGACUAUUUCAUUUGCUAAAAAUUUUAACAAAAUGGUUUUCAUGGGAGGAAGUAUUUGCUCCUUUUUUUAUGUCAAUAAAACGUUAAGACACUCAGUUAUUCUAGAGGAAUAGACUGUUGAUUUUGAUGACCUUGGUAACCUGCUCGAAAGCUUUGUUCCUCCACAGACAUGCGCAUUCUUUCUGUUCCCAGAACACGCACUAAAACAUGGUGAACGAUCUUUCUCUUUUUGGGCCCCCAAACAAUGGAAUUCUUUCCUAUUAUACAUCCGAAUUAUAGCGACCAUCCCAGCCUUCAAAACUGCCCUCAAAACCCAUCUCUUCAAACUCUAAUAUACCAACUCAUUCUCACCCCAGCCCCUCUAACUGAUAAAUAAGGCUCGAUGCUGUUGCGUGCUGUCCAUGGCUACACAGGGGUAAAUAGUACUUGAGUGGGUGAGGUUAAGCUUUUUACAAAUUGUUGUUUUUAAAUUUAUAAUUUUCUGUAAAUGCUAAUUUUUAUGUGAAGCGCAGUGAGCCUAACAUGGGUUGGGGUACUGCACUAUAUAAAACCACCUUAAUAAUAAUAAUACUAUUCCAUAACCAGGCAUCACUCCAAUGCUACAGUUAGUCAGACAGGUGUUCAAAGAUCCUACAGAUAAAACAGAGCUGUGGCUUCUCUUUGCUAAUCAGGUAUUGAUUCUUGAUUCAUUUUCUGGAUUUGUUAAUAAAUACUAUAAAAACCCCAAUGGUUAAUUUAUUGUUUGUAUUUAAUUAAUGAUGUUACACAACUUUUUGUCUGUUAAACUCACAUCCCAAUAAUUUCCAAUUUUCCACUGUUAUGUUUUACUGCCUCCCAAAGUUUACUUUCUAUGCUUUAUAAUAUAGCACUGGCUUUACUGAACUUUUUUUUUUUAGGUGUGACCUAUUACAUCUAGAAUUUUCUCUGCUGUGUUUUCUCUCAUUUCACUGUCCAUGAUUUGCUUCAUUCCACUUUCAAGUGUCUUCCUCUGUUCCACUUUUGAAGUUUUAGACUAAUAUAAUUUAUCAACCUCUAUUCCACUUUCUUCCUCCAACUCCUUUUCUUCUUCUAUGCCUCUAUGUCUUCAUCUAUUAUUUUUCCUUAUUACCUAUAUUAUCUGUUCAGUUUCAAAUAAACAUGUAAUCUAUGUGAUAUUUCAAUGUUCAUAAAAUUUUCCUCAUUAAAUUAUCAGACAGAGAAUGACAUCUUGUUGCGCCCCGAGUUGGAAGAAAUUCAAAGUGAGCAACCUAAUCGCUUUCAUCUGUGGUACACCUUGGAUAGACCUGAACCCGGUAAGCUAUGUUCACCUUAAAAUUAAGAAUGUCCAAAUUUAUGUGUGUUGCACUGUAACAGAAGAAGCAGAAAUAUGAGUGACCAAACACCUAUCACAUUAUUUUUUAGGACCAUAACUCUUGGUACAGUCAUAACUGAAAUUACUAGGUGUAAAUGGAUCAGCAUUGCAAAAUAUUUGUCAAGAGGUUUAAAAUGAACACGCUAGAGCAGAGGUUGGCAAGCUCCUGCCUUUAGGCCAGUUUCAGGUUAUCUUAAUAUGCCCGUCCAGCCUAACGGCAAACUAGUUUUUUUUUAUAUUAUUACCCGUUGUAAUUAAAAUUAAAUAGCGAAUUUGUGUUCCCCUUCAUUAAUGCUGCUAGCAACUCAAGCUGAUGUCAGACUCUCAGACGACACAGAAGUGUCUGACCAGGGAAGGAUGAUCGAUGUUGUGUCUUUUAAUCAAGUUCACUCUCUGGUCUCAGUUUCAUUCACCCGGGUCAAAGCGUGUGUUGUUGUGCACACUCGAUGUACUUUUGACAUGUGAAUCGAUUCCAAGAAUAAAGAACGGGAUCAAUAUUCCAAUUAGAACAUUCCGCAACUUAAUUGCAUGGUCAUAUUACCUACACUGAGUUCCCACAGAGUAGCCACAAUUACUAUUUUCCACACCGAAUGGACUGAUGAAUUAUUCUUUGCCCAAAAGUAAAAAAAUCCCUGUGUUUCCCUUUGAUCAUACCAUGUUUUUUAAUAAAACAACUGUUCCUUAGGAACCUUGUUUCUCUUGGCCCAUUGUGCCUUCUUGGCACCUUGUUUCUUCUGGCCUAGUGUGCCUUCUUGACUCCCUGAAAUGACCUAUUAGUCCGAAAGGUGCUGACCUUUUCACUAGAACCUAGAAAUUUAAAUGCUAAUGUCUCUUGAAAGCUCAUAAUGUGGAUUUUAAUGAAUCAAUUUAAAUAUUCUGACAGGCUGGACCUACAGCUCAGGUUUUGUUAAUGACGAGAUGAUCAAAAAACACCUGCCACCCCCAGGACCAGAUACGGUUAUCUUAAUGUGUGGACCUCCUCCAAUGAUCAACUUUGCCUGCAUACCAAAUCUGGAGAAACUGGGCUUCAAGCCUGACUCCAGAUUCAGUUACUAAGCAAAGCUGAGCUUCCAUUUCGUCUAAUGUGUAUAGCAUCCCUUACAAGCCUUAUAUAAUGUUAACAACUGUUUAGUAGCAUGCAUGUGGUAUUUUGGGGAUUCUUAAAAAGAUCUUAUAUUAAUAUUAUCUUUAAAUGUUCCAAUAGGGUAAAAGUACAAGUUAUCAUGCUGCUGUAAAAAAAAAUAAUUUUAGUUUAAUAUUGAGGAAGAUAGUGUGUUUGACUUAUUGGUUGUUUCGUGUGAUGGAUAAAACUAAAAAUAAUUGCUUCAAAAGUGUUAGCAAUCUAAUCUAGUCGCAGAAGCAGUUCUAAACAUGUGAAAUUAUGAAAGUAUAAUGGCUUCCUUUGUUAGCUGACAACUUGCUUUACUUCUCGAAGGCUCUGGCCAAUUUUUGAAAACUAUUUUAUCAGCUGGUUUUGUAUGUAAAGUAGCCAACAAAUUAGGGAUCAUAAAUAGUUGGAAAGCUCCCGAGCAAUUUUAUAUGGAAUGAAUUAAAAAGCUUACCAGACACCACAUUAUUUGUAUUUAUUUUUGUAUCAUUUGUUGUUAAAUUUAAAAGCUGUAAUAAAUUUUGCUUAUGACCACACAGCUGAAAGAUUGUAUGUAUCUUAAGUUAUUCCUUUUCAUUAAGUAUCUGUAAGGUGUCCAUUGAAGAAUGCAUGCUAUUUUGUUGAGUGAACAGAUUUUACUUUAUAAGCAACAAGAGUAUUUCAUGUUGUUUAUUUAUCUGGUUUCAUGAUUCAUUUUAACAAAAUGUGAAAUGACUUGACAUUACACUUUGUAUGCAAUACAGAUUUUUAUCUAUUUUUAAUUAAUUAAGCCAUUAUGAUUCAUGUAAGGUGGUCUUGUCCUUCGUUUAUAUUCAAAUAUCCUUUGUCAACAAGGCUUGUAGUUAUUGUGACAUGCAAUUUUUAAACUUUUUUUUUUUGCAGAAAAUUCAUGAAUAUGAAACUGUUAAAAAAAAAUUUGAAUCUGGAUUUUAAAAAAUUUUUAAAUAGAAAAUAAGUAAACAUAUUUAGUAACAAAGAAUAAAUAAGGUAUCAGGAUGUUCGUCUUUUGUCUAGUGAAUAAAGAAACAAACUGAUAGGGACUGAUUUUGUACAAGUAUUCAACCAAAAAUGUCAUGCGUUCAGGGUUGUGACUCUGCUUUAUUGGAAUGGCUUUGCAUUUAAUUUCUGCUGGGAUUGGUUUAAUUGUAAUUCAGUAUUAUAACCCAACUAUAACUAUUGCUGGAAUAUUUAGCAUGAAGUUUUUUUUUAUGAACAUCCUAUAAUAAAAGAAUAUAGUUUGAAACACAUGGGGACAUCUGUUUGUCAGCCAAAUCUGGUAAUAAAAGUUGACAUUCCUGAAGCGUGGAGAGUAGGAAAGUUGAAAGAUGGUGGUUACAUAGCAUCAAGUGCUGAAAUUAGAUGAAUCACAAUUCAUAAUAGUAAUAGACAUACAAUUCAAAGGAGAUGUUCCCAAAUGUUAUGUUGAAUUUGUGAAUAAUAAUAGACAGUGUUUAUUGCCUGGACAAAAACACAUCAGUUAUGACCAAACACUUUCAUGGACACAAUUCACAAAUUCAAAACUUGAACUGUAACAUUGUGUAGUUUAUAAAGAGUACCGGUAUGGGUUUAGUUCCCAAAUAUAUGUAUAUUUCAGUCCUUGCUUAUAUAGUUUUAUAAAGGCUUAUAAAGAAUUAUUUUUUAAAUUUCAAUAAAAAUAACAUACUUUC